AUGGAUAUAACUAUGGGAUACUGUGUGGGUACACGGCCUCCUCCUUCUUGCCUCAUCCUCCUGCUUCUCAAGCUCUUGGCCACUGUCUCCCAGGGGCUGCCGGGGACCGGGCCCCUGGGCUUCCACUUCACACAUUCCGUUUACAAUGCUACGGUGUAUGAGAACUCGGCAGCAAGGACCUACAUCAACAGUCAGAGUAGAAUGGGCAUCACCUUGAUUGAUCUGUCCUGGGAUAUCAAAUACAGAAUAGUAUCUGGAGACGAGGAAGGCUUUUUCAAAGCAGAGGAAGUCAUCAUUGCAGAUUUCUGUUUUCUCAGAAUAAGAACUAAAGGCGGGAAUUCUGCCAUAUUGAAUAGGGAGAUCCAGGACAAUUAUUUAUUGAUAAUAAAAGGUUCUGUCAGAGGGGAGGAUUUGGAAGCAUGGACCAAAGUGAAUAUCCAGGUUUUAGAUAUGAAUGAUCUUAGACCUUUGUUUUCACCCACCACAUACUCCGUUACGAUAGCAGAAAGCACACCUCUGAGGACUAGUGUCGCCCAGGUGACAGCAACAGACGCGGAUAUCGGUUCCAAUGGGGAAUUCUACUACUACUUUAAAAACAAAGUUGAUCUCUUUUCAGUUCACCCCACCAGUGGUGUCAUCUCUUUAAGCGGACGAUUAAAUUACGAUGAAAAGAACAGGUAUGAUCUGGAAAUUUUGGCUGUGGACCGAGGGAUGAAACUCUAUGGAAACAACGGAGUGAGCAGUACUGCAAAGCUUUAUGUUCACAUUGAACGAAUAAAUGAACACGCCCCAACUCUCCACGUAGUCGCUCAUGUUCCUUUCUCCCUGGACAAAGAGCCAACAUAUGCGGUGGUGACAGCCGAUGACCUAGAUGAGGGGGCCAAUGGAGAGAUUGAGUCUGUUUCCAUUGUGGCUGGGGAUCCUUUAGAUCAGUUCUUCCUGGCCAAGGAAGGAAAGUGGAUACACGAAUAUAAGCUUAAGGAGAGAAAACAGGUCGACUGGGAGAGCUUUCCCUAUGGCUGCAAUCUCACUCUUCAAGCAAAAGACAAGGGUUCGCCUCAGAAAUUCUCGGCCAUAAAGAUAGUCCACAUUGCCAACCCCAGGAGAGACACGGUCCCAAUUAGAUUUGAAAAAGAAAUGUACGAUGUGAGCAUUAGUGAAUUUUCCCCUCCUGGUGUUGUGGUUGCUAUAGUAAAAUUAAGUCCCGAACCGCUGGAUGUGGAAUACAAAUUGUCUCCCGGGGAGGAUGCACAGUACUUCAGAAUUAAUCCUCGGUCGGGUCUAAUUGUCACAGCACAGCCGCUGAAUACCAUUAAGAAGGAGGUGUAUAAACUGGUGGUGACCAACAAGGAAGGGGAUUUAAAAGCACAAGUCACCGUCGGCAUAGAAGACGCGAACGACCACACCCCAGAAUUUCAGCAGCCGCUGUAUGAUGCUUUUGUGAAUGAAAGUGUUCCCGUGGGAACGAGCGUUCUGAUGGUUUCAGCUUCUGAUAAGGAUAAAGGAGAAAAUGGGUACAUCACCUACAGUAUUGCCAGCCUGAAUAUGCUGCCAUUUGCCAUUAACCAGUUUACAGGGGUUAUUAGCACAACUGAAGAGCUGGAUUUUGAAUCCUCUCCAGAAACUUACAGGUUCAUAGUCAGAGCCUCUGACUGGGGUUCCCCAUACCGCCAUGAAAGUGAGGUGAAUGUGACUAUUCAAAUAGGAAACGUCAAUGACAACACCCCUCUCUUUGAGAAAGUGGCUUGCCAGGGGGUUCUUUCAUAUGAUUUCCCAGUUGGGGGUCACAUCACAGCUGUCUCAGCCAUCGAUAUUGAUGAGCUUGAACUUGUAAAGUACAAAAUCAUCUCUGGAAAUGAACUUGGCUUCUUUUACUUAAACCCCGACUCUGGUGUUUUACAGCUGAAAAAGUCACUGAUGAAUUCUGGCAUUAAAAAUGGUCAGUUUGCCCUCAGGAUUACAGCGACCGAUGGAGAGAAUUUUGCGGACCCCAUGUCCGUAAACAUUUCAGUCCUGCAUGGGAAGGUGUCUUCAAAGAGCUUCAGUUGCAGAGAAACUCGUGUGGCUCAAAAGCUGGCAGAGAAACUACUCCUUAAGGCAAAAGCAAAUGGGAAACUGAAUCUGGAGGAUGGAUUUUUUGAUUUUUAUUCAGUUAACAGGCAAGGGCCACAUUUUGACAAGUCGUUUCCCUCCGACGUGGCUGUGAAGGAGAAUCUGCCCGUUGGUGCUAACAUCCUGAAGAUUAAAGCCUCUGAUGCCGACCCUGGCUUCAAUGGAAAGGUGCUAUUUACAAUAUCUGAUGGCAAUACAGAUAGUUGCUUUAAUAUUGAUAUGGAGACCGGGCAACUUCAAGUCCUUAUGCCCAUGGAUCGAGAGCACACAGACCUCUAUCUCCUCAAUAUCACCAUCUAUGACUUAGGAAACCCACAGAAAUCUUCAUGGCGGUUGCUGACCAUCAAUGUGGAGGAUGCUAAUGACAAUAGCCCAAUUUUUCUUCAGGACAGUUACACAGUUAACAUUCUUGAAAGUUUGAGUAUUGGCACUGAGAUUAUACAAGUGGAAGCCAGAGACAAAGACCUGGGUUCUAAUGGUGAAGUGACUUACUCCGUCUUGACAGACACCCAGCGAUUUGCCAUCAACAGCUCCACUGGCAUCGUUUAUGUAGCUGAUCAAUUAGACCGGGAAUCCAAAGCCAACUACUCAUUAAAAAUAGAGGCCAGAGACAAGGCAGAAAGUGGCCAGCAGCUCUUUUCCGUUGUCACUCUUAAGGUGUUUUUGGAUGAUGUCAAUGACUGCUCCCCAGCCUUCAUUCCCAGCAGCUAUAGCGUGAAGGUUCUUGAAGAUCUCCCCGUGGGCACUGUCAUCGCUUGGCUGGAGACCCACGAUCCAGAUCUUGGACUGGGGGGUCAAGUGCGCUAUUCUUUGGUCAAUGACUAUAACGGGAGAUUUGAAAUCGAUAAAGCGAGCGGCGCCAUUCGCUUGAGCAAAGAGCUGGAUUACGAAAAGCAGCAGUUCUACAAUCUCACGGUUCGCGCCAAGGACAAAGGGCGGCCUGUCUCUCUGUCAUCGGUUUCCUUUGUUGAGGUGGAGGUGGUGGAUGUCAAUGAAAACCUCCAUACCCCCUAUUUCCCAGACUUUGCUGUUGUUGGAUCUGUAAAAGAAAACUCACGUAUUGGAACAAGCGUGCUGCAGGUGACUGCCCGAGAUGAGGACUCUGGGAGGGAUGGAGAGAUCCAGUACUCCAUCAGGGAUGGCAGUGGUCUUGGAAGGUUCAAUAUAGAUGACGAAAGUGGAGUCAUCUCUACUGCAGACAUCCUGGAUCGAGAGACCACAGGGUCCUACUGGCUGACAGUGUAUGCCACGGACCGGGGCGUGGUUCCCCUCUAUUCCACUAUUGAGGUCUACAUUGAAAUUGAGGAUGUGAAUGACAAUGCCCCGCUGACCUCGGAACCUAUUUAUUAUCCUGUCGUCAUGGAAAACUCUCCCAAGGAUGUAUCUGUCAUUCAGAUUCAGGCUGAGGAUCCUGACUCUAGUUCCAAUGAAAAACUGACAUACAGGAUUACAAGUGGGAAUCCUCAGAAUUUUUUUGCCAUCAAUAUCAAAACAGGUCUGAUUACAACCACUUCAAGGAAACUGGAUCGAGAACAACAGGCAGAACAUUUUCUGGAGGUGACAGUAACAGAUGGCGGUUCCUCUCCGAAACAGUCAACCAUUUGGGUGGUGGUUCAGGUUUUGGAUGAAAAUGACAACAAGCCCCAGUUCCCUGAGAAAGUCUACCAGAUCAAGCUACCAGAACGUGACCGGAAGAAGAGGGGAGAACCCAUUUACAGAGCUUUUGCAUUUGAUAGAGAUGAGGGCCCCAACGCCGAAAUCUCCUACAGUAUAGUGGAUGGGAAUGAUGAUGGAAAGUUCUUUAUUGACCCUAAAACUGGCAUGGUUUCUUCCAGAAAGCAAUUUACAGCGGGGAGUUAUGACAUCCUAACGAUAAAGGCGGUGGACAAUGGGCGCCCACAGAAAUCCUCCACGGCCCGUCUCCACAUUGAAUGGAUUAAAAAACCACCCCCUUCGCCUAUACCACUAACCUUCGAUGAGCCAUUUUAUAACUUCACAGUCAUGGAGAGCGAUAGAGUCACCGAGAUUGUGGGGGUUGUGUCUGUGCAGCCAGCUAACACCCCUCUGUGGUUUGACAUAGUUGGUGGCAAGCAUGCUCGAGAGAUGUUCUAUAUUCUACAGACAGCUUGUGGGCAGAACUGUUCAACAGAAGGGGGGAAUUUUGACAGCUCUUUUGACGCAGAGAAGGGUGUCGGGACCAUUGUCAUUGCCAAACCUCUGGAUGCAGAGCAGAGAUCCAUUUAUAAUAUGACUGUGGAAGUCACAGACGGGACAAACGUCGCUGUCACUCAGGUAUUUAUCAAAGUGCUGGAUAAUAAUGAUAACGGCCCGGAAUUCUCUCAGCCGAGUUACGAUGUGACCAUUUCCGAGGACGUGCUCCCCGACACAGAGAUACUGCAGAUCGAGGCCACAGACCGAGAUGAGAAGCACAAGCUGAGCUACACGGUGCACAGCAGCAUCGACGCCGCCAGCAUGAGAAAAUUCCGGAUGGACCCCAGCACCGGCGUGCUCUUCACUGCCGAGCGGCUGGACCACGAAGCCCAGGACAAGCACAUCCUCAACGUCAUGGUCAGAGAUCAGGAGUUUCCUUAUCGAAGAAACUUGGCCCGAGUCAUUGUGAAUGUGGAAGAUGCUAAUGAUCACAGUCCUUAUUUUACCAACCCACUGUACGAAGCAUCUGUGUUUGAAUCGGCUGCUCUGGGAUCAGCUGUUCUACAAGUGACGGCUCUGGACAAAGACAAAGGGGAAAAUGCAGAACUCAUAUAUACCAUAGAAGCAGGGAACACUGGGAACACAUUUAAGAUCGAACCAGUCCUGGGCAUCAUCACCAUUUCCAAAGAACCAGACAUGACAACCAUGGGUCAGUUUGUCUUGUCAGUCAAAGUCACCGACCAGGGUUCCCCGCCCAUGUCUGCCACCGCAAUUGUGCGCAUUUCUGUCACCAUGUCUGAUAAUUCUCACCCCAAGUUCGUUCACAAAGACUACCAAGCAGAAGUAAAUGAAAAUGUUGAUAUUGGAACAUCGGUCAUUCUGAUCUCUGCGAUUAGUCAAUCUACCCUCAUUUAUGACGUCAAAGAUGGAAACGUAGAUGGGAUCUUUACCAUAAAUCCAUACUCGGGAGUCAUCACUACCCGGAAGGCACUGGAUUAUGAGCGAACUUCCUCUUACCAGCUCACCGUACAGGCCACGAACAUGGCAGGAAUGGCUUCCAACGUCUCCGUCAAUAUUCAGAUUGUUGAUGAAAAUGAUAAUGCCCCCGUUUUUCUCUUUUCUCAAUAUUCGGGCAGCCUGAGUGAGGCUGCCCCAGUGAAUAGCAUUGUCAGGAGCCUAGAUAACAGCCCCCUGGUAAUUCGGGCCACCGAUGCCGACAGCAACCGGAAUGCUCUGCUUGUGUAUCAGAUCGUCGAGUCCACGGCCAAGAAGUUCUUCACGGUGGACUCCAGCACAGGGGCCAUCCGAACGAUUGCCACCCUGGACCAUGAAACCAUCUCCCGUUUCCAUUUCCACGUGCACGUGAGAGACAGUGGCAGCCCCCAGCUGACUGCAGAGAGUCCCGUUGAAGUCAGCAUAGAGGUGACCGAUGUGAAUGAUAACCCGCCUGUUUUCACCCAGGCUGUGUUUGAGACUGUCCUGCUCCUACCUACCUACAUCGGAGUGGAGGUUCUGAAAGUUAGUGCCACAGACCCUGACUCCGAGGUGCCCCCCGAACUGACAUACAGCCUACUGGAAGGCAGCGUGGAUCACUUUGUAAUGGACUCAAAUACUGGAGUGCUCUCCAUAAAAAACAACAACCUCUCCAAAGACCACUACGCGCUGAUAGUUAAGGUUUCGGACGGGAAGUUCUACAGCACGUCCAUGGUCACCAUCUCGGUUAAAGAAGCCAUGGACAGCGGCCUGCACUUCACACAAAGCUUUUACUCCACCUCAAUCUCAGAGAACAACACUAAUAUAACCAAAGUUGCUAUUGUCAAUGCCAUUGGAAAUCGCCUUAAUGAGCCCUUAAAAUAUAGCAUCUUAAACCCAGGAAAUAAGUUCAAGAUAAAAUCUACCUCAGGAGUCAUCCAGACCACCGGAGUCCCCUUCGACCGUGAGGAACAGGAGCUAUACGAGCUGGUAGUGGAAGCCAGCCGUGAGAUGGACCAUUUGCGCGUGGCCAGGGUGGUGGUCAGAGUCAGCAUCGAAGAUAUAAAUGACAAUUCUCCAGUCUUCGUGGGCCUCCCUUACUAUGCUGCUGUGCAAGUUGAUGCGGAGCCUGGGACUCCGAUUUACCGGGUGACAGCCAUCGACAAAGACAAAGGUGCAAAUGGAGAAGUGACCUAUGUCCUACAGGAUGACUAUGGCCACUUUGAAAUUAACCCUAAUUCGGGGAAUGUUAUUUUAAAAGAAGCAUUCAACUCUGACCUGUCCAACAUCGAGUAUGGUGUCACCGUCCUAGCCAAAGAUGGUGGAAAACCUUCUUUGUCCACAUCUGUAGAACUUCCCAUCACUAUUGUCAACAAAGCAAUGCCUGUGUUUGAUAAGCCCUUCUACACAGCAUCCAUCAACGAAGACAUCGGAAUGGAUACCCCUAUUCUAAGCAUCAAUGCCACCAGUCCAGAAGGCCAAGGCAUCAUAUACAUCAUUAUCGAUGGGGAUCUUUAUAAACAAUUUAACAUAGACUUUGACACCGGCGUCCUGAAAGUCGUUAGCCCUUUGGAUUACGAGGUUACACCUGUUUACAAGUUGACAGUAAGAGCCAGUGAUGCCCUUACCGGUGCCAGGGCUGAAGUCACCGUUGACUUGCUAGUUAAUGAUGUCAAUGACAACGCCCCUGUUUUUGACCAGCUUGCAUACAACACCACAUUGACAGAAGCAUCUCUCAUUGGGACGCCUGUUUUGCAAGUUGUUUCCACUGACGUGGACUCAGAAAACAAUAAAAUGGUUCAUUAUCAGAUCGUCCAGGACACUUACAACAGCACCGAUUAUUUUCACAUAGACAGCGCCAGCGGCUUAAUCCUGACGGCGAGGAUGCUGGACCACGAGUCGGUGCAACACUGCACUUUGAAAGUCAGAGCAACCGAUAGCGGUUUCCCGUCGCUGAGCAGUGAGGUCCUGGUUCAUAUCUACAUCUCAGACGUCAAUGACAACCCUCCGGUUUUUAACCAGCUCAUUUACGAGUCCUAUGUGAGUGAGUUAGCCCCCCGGGGCCAUUUUGUGACCUGUGUGCAAGCCUCCGAUGCAGACAGCUCUGACUUCGACCGGUUGGAAUACAACAUCUUGUCUGGGAACGACCGGACAAGCUUUCUGAUGGACAGCAAGAGCGGGGUCAUCACACUGUCCAACCACCGCAAGCAGAGGAUGGAGCCUCUGUACAGCCUCAAUGUGUCGGUCUCUGACGGGUUGUUCACGAGCACCGCACAGGUGCAUGUUCGGGUACUGGGGGCUAACCUGUACAGCCCCGCCUUUUCACAAAGCACCUAUGUAGCUGAGGUUAGAGAGAACGCGGCUGCUGGGACAAAGGUGAUUCAUGUUCGAGCCACAGAUGGGGACCCAGGGACAUACGGGCAGAUCAGCUAUGCCAUCAUCAAUGACUUCGCUAAAGACCGAUUCCUCAUAGACAGCAAUGGACAGGUCAUUACAACAGAAAGGCUCGACCGGGAAAACCCUCUGGAAGGCGACAUCAGCGUUUUUUUGAGGGCCCUGGACGGUGGGGGAAGAACGACUUUCUGCACCGUGAGGGUGAUCGUCGUGGAUGAAAAUGACAAUGCUCCCCAGUUCAUGACGGUGGAAUACAGGGCCAGCGUCAGGGCAGACGUGGGACGGGGCCACUUGGUCACGCAGGUGCAGGCCGUGGAUCCAGACGAUGGAGCCAACUCAAGGAUCACUUACUCCCUGUACAGCGAGGCCUCGGUCUCUGUGGCCGACCUGCUGGAAAUCGACCCUGACAACGGUUGGAUGGUCACCAAGGGCAAUUUCAACCAGUUGCGAAACACGGUGCUGUCCUUCUUUGUCAAAGCAGUCGACGGGGGCAUUCCAGUGAAGCACUCCCUCAUCCCCGUCUACAUCCACGUCUUGCCCCCUGAAACGUUCUUGCCUUCAUUUACCCAGUCUCAGUAUUCUUUUACCGUUGCAGAAGAUACCGCCAUUGGGAGCACGGUGGACACCCUAAGGAUUUUGCCCAGUCAGAGUGUCCAGUUUAGCACAGUUAAUGGGGAACGUCCAGAAAAUAACAAAGGGGGUGUCUUCGUCAUAGAACAGGACACGGGCACCAUCAAGCUCGACAAGCGCCUGGACCAUGAAGUCAGCCCAGCGUUCCACUUUAAAGUAGCAGCCACGAUACCCCUAGACAAGGUAGACAUUGUGUUUACUGCGGACGUGGACAUCAAGGUGUUGGAUUUGAAUGACAACAAGCCAGUCUUUGAGACGUCAAGCUAUGAGACCAUGAUCAUGGAAGGGAUGCCUAUCGGCACCAAACUCACCCAGGUGAGAGCCAUCGAUAUGGAUUGGGGAGCUAAUGGGCAGGUCACAUACUCCCUGCACUCGGAUUCCCAGCCCGAAAAGGUAAUGGAAGCGUUCAAUAUUGACAGCAACACCGGCUGGAUCAGUACCUUGAAGGACCUGGAUCACGAGACAGACCCCUCAUUCACCUUCUCCGUGGUGGCGUCCGACCUUGGGGAGGCCUUCUCUCUUUCUGCCACGGCUUUGGUCUCUGUCAGGGUGACAGAUAUAAAUGACAACGCACCCGUCUUUGCCCAUGAGGUGUACCAAGGGAAUGUGAAGGAGAGCGACCCUCCGGGCGAGGUGGUAGCCGUCCUCAGCACGUGGGACAGAGACACUUCCGACAUUAAUCGCCAAGUGAGCUACCACAUUACAGGAGGGAAUCCCCGAGGAAGAUUUGCCCUGGGGCUGGUGCAGAGUGAGUGGAAGGUCUAUGUGAAGAGACCUCUAGACAGGGAAGAACAAGACGCUUACUUCCUCAAUAUCACGGCCACCGACGGGCUCUUUGUCACACAGGCCAUGGUGGAAGUGACUGUCAGCGAUGUGAAUGACAACAGCCCAGUGUGUGAUCAGGUGGCAUACACAGCAUUAUUUCCCGAAGACAUUCCCUCAAAUAAAAUCAUCCUGAAGGUCACUGCCCAGGAUGCCGAUAUUGGAUCCAAUGGAGAUAUACGAUACUCACUCUAUGGAUCUGGACACAGUGAAUUUUUUCUAGAUCCGGAAAGUGGCCAGUUAAAAACUUCGUCACCGCUGGACCGGGAGAGAGUCCCUGCGUACAACCUGGUCGCCAGGGCCACCGACGGGGGUGGCAGGUUCUGCCAAUCUGACAUCCACUUGAUCCUGGAAGACGUGAACGAUAACCCCCCUGUGUUUUCUUCCGACCACUACCACGCCUGUGUCUAUGAGAACACGGCCACGAAGGCUCUGUUGACCAGAGUUCAAGCCGUGGAUCCCGACAUUGGCAUCAAUAGGAAGGUCGUGUACUCCCUGGCCGACUCGGCCGGUGGGUUCUUCUCCAUUGACGCGUCGUCCGGCAUCAUCAUCCUGGAGCAGCCGCUGGACCGAGAGCAGCAGCCCUCCUACAACAUCAGCGUGCAGGCCACCGACCAGAGCCCUGGGCGGGCCCUGUCCUCCCUCGCCACCGUCACCAUCACCGUCCUGGACAUCAACGACAACCCCCCUGUGUUUGAAAGGAGGGACUACCUGGUGACAGUGCCUGAAGACACCUCCCCUGGCACCCAAGUCCUUACCGUUUUCGCCACCAGCAAAGAUAUCGGCACAAAUGCUGAGAUUACAUAUCUCAUUCGGUCCGGGAAUGAACAAGGGAAAUUUAGGAUCAACCCAAGGACAGGGGGUAUUUUAGUCUCUGAAGUCCUGGACUAUGAAUUAUGCAAAAAGUUUUACCUGGUGGUGGAAGCUAAAGAUGGGGGCACCCCAGCUCUCAGCGCCGUGGCCACCGUCAACAUCAACCUCACCGAUGUGAAUGACAAUCCUCCCAAGUUCAGCCAAGAUGUCUACAGCGCUGUCAUAAGUGAAGAUGCCUUGGUUGGGGACUCUGUCAUUUUGCUAAUAGCAGAAGAUGCAGAUAGCCAGCCCAACGGACAGAUUGCUUUUUCCAUUGUGAGUGGCGAUCGGGACAAUGAAUUUGCUGUGGAUCCUGCCUUGGGACUUGUGAAGGUUAAGAAGAAAUUGGACCGGGAACGGGUGUCCGGAUACUCCCUGCUUGUCCAGGCAGCAGACAGCGGCAUUCCUGUGAUGUCGUCAACUGCCACCGUCAACAUUGACAUCUCUGAUGUGAACGACAACAGCCCGGUCUUCACACCUGCUAACUGUACCGCCGUGAUUCAGGAAAAUAAGCCAGUAGGCACCAGCAUUUUGCAGCUGGUGGUGACAGACAGAGACUCCUUUCACAACGGGCCUCCCUUCUCGUUCUCUAUUUUGUCGGGAAACGAAGAGGAGGAGUUCGUGUUGGACCCGCAUGGGACGCUGCGGUCAGCCGUGGUCUUCCGGCACACGGAGUCUCCGGAAUACCUGCUGCGGGUCCAGGCGAAAGACUCAGGUAAACCCCAGCAAGUUUCUCACUCCUUCGUCCGCGUGCGGGUCAUCGAGGAAAGUAUCCACAAGCCCACGGCCAUCCCUCUGGAGAUUUUCAUUGUCACCAUGGAGGACGACUUUCCGGGUGGAGUCAUUGGGAAGAUCCACGCCACAGACCAAGACAUGUAUGACGUGCUCACGUUUGCCCUGAAAUCGGAGCAGAAAAGCUUGUUCAAAGUGAACAGUCAUGAUGGGAAAAUCAUCGCCCUGGGAGGCCUGGACAGCGGCAAGUACGUCCUGAACGUGUCGGUGAGUGACGGCCGCUUCCAGGUGCCCAUCGAUGUGGUCGUGCACGUGGAGCAGCUGGUGCACGAGAUGCUGCAGAACACCGUCACCAUCCGCUUCGAGAACGUGUCCCCCGAGGACUUCGUGGGGCUGCACAUGCACGGCUUCCGGCGCACCCUGCGGAACGCGGUCCUCACCCAGAAGCAGGACAGCCUGCACAUCAUCAGCAUCCAGCCCGUGGCGGGCACCGGCCAGCUGGACAUGCUGUUUGCCGUGGAGAUGCACAGCAGCGAGUUCUACAAGCCGGCCUACCUCAUCCAGAAGCUGUCCAGCGCCAGGAGGCAUCUGGAGAACGCCAUGCGCAUCUCGGCCAUCCUGGAGAAGAACUGCUCGGGGCUGGACUGCCAGGAGCAGCACUGUGAGCAGGGCCUGUCGCUCGAUUCCCACGCCCUCAUGACCUACAGCACGGCUCGCAUCAGCUUUGUGUGUCCGCGUUUCUACCGGAACGUGCGCUGCACCUGUAAUGGAGGACUGUGCCCGGGGUCCAAUGAUCCUUGCGUGGAGAAGCCGUGUCCAGGGGACAUGCAGUGUGUCGGUUACGAAGCCAGCAGGAGACCGUUCCUCUGCCAGUGUCCACCGGGGAAGCUCGGAGAGUGCUCAGGGCACACUUCUCUCAGCUUUGCUGGAAACAGUUACAUCAAAUACCGGCUUUCUGAGAAUAGCAAAGAAGAGGACUUUAAGCUGGGUCUGCGUCUGCGCACACUGCAAAGCAACGGGAUUAUCAUGUACACCAGAGCAAAUCCCUGCAUAAUUCUGAAGAUCGUGGACGGUAAGCUGUGGUUCCAGCUGGACUGUGGCAGUGGCCCCGGACUCUUGGGCAUCUCGGGCCGCGCGGUCAACGACGGGAGCUGGCACUCGGUCUUCCUGGAGCUCAACCGCAAUUUCACCAGCCUGUCCCUGGACGACAGCUACGUGGAGCGGCGCAGGGCGCCCCUCUACUUCCAGACACUGAGCGCCGAGAGCACCAUCUACUUCGGGGCCCUGGUGCAGGCGGACAACGUCCGCAGCCUGACCGACACGCGGGUCACGCAGGUGCUGAGCGGCUUCCAGGGCUGCCUGGACUCGGUGGUGCUGAACAACAACGAGCUGCCCCUGCAGAACAAGCGCAGCAGCUUCGCCGAGGUGGUGGGCCUGACCGAGCUGAAGCUGGGCUGCGUGCUCUACCCUGACGCCUGUGAGCGCAGCCCCUGCCAGCACGGGGGCAGCUGCGCCGGCCUGCCCUCCGGGGGCUAUCAGUGUUCCUGUCUCUCACAGUUCACCGGGAGAAACUGUGAAUCAGAGAUCACAGCCUGCUUCCCAAACCCUUGUCGGAACGGAGGCUCCUGCGACCCCAUAGGAAAUACUUUCAUCUGCAGUUGCAAAGCUGGGCUCACUGGAGUCACGUGUGAGGAGGACAUCGACGAGUGCGAGCGGGAGGAGUGCGAGAACGGCGGCUCCUGCGUCAACGUGUUCGGCGCCUUCCUGUGCAACUGCACGCCGGGCUUCGCGGGCCCGCACUGCGGGCUGCGCCCCGUGGUGGUGCCCAACAUCCAGGCCGGCCACGCCUACGUGGGCAAGGAGGAGCUCAUCGGCAUCGCCGUGGUCCUCUUCGUCAUCUUCGUCCUGGUGGUGCUGUUCAUCGUCUUCCGCAAGAAGGUCUUCCGCAAGCACUACUCCCGCAACAACAUCACGCUGGUGCAGGACCCCGCCACGGCCGCGCUGCUGCACAAGAGCAACGGCGUCCCCUUCCGGAACCUGCGGGGCCCCCACGGAGGGGACGGCCGCAACCUCUACCAGGAGGUGGGGCCCCCGCAGGUGCCCGUGCGCCCCAUGGCCUACACCCCCUGCUUCCAGAGCGACUCCAGGAGCAACCUGGACAAGAUCGUGGACGGGCUGGGGGGCGAGCACCAGGAGAUGACCACCUUCCACCCCGAGUCGCCGCGCAUCCUGACGGCCAGGCGCGGGGUGGUGGUGUGCAGCGUGGCCCCCAACCUGCCCGCCGUGUCCCCCUGCCGCUCGGACUGCGAUUCCAUCCGGAAGAACGGCUGGGACGCGGGGACUGAGAACAAAGGAGUUGAUGACCCGGGAGAAGUGACCUGCUUUGCAGGCAGUAACAAAGGCAGCAACUCUGAAGUGCAGUCCCUGAGCUCCUUCCAGUCGGAUUCUGGUGACGACAAUGCAUCCAUAGUGACUGUCAUUCAGCUUGUCAACAAUGUAGUUGACACUAUAGAAAAUGAAGUGUCUGUCAUGGAUCAAGGACAGAACUACAACCGAGCCUAUCACUGGGACACCUCUGACUGGAUGCCGGCCGCCCGCCUGUCGGACAUAGAGGAGGUGCCCAGCUAUGAGAACCAGGAGGGAGGCUCUGCACACCAGGGCAGCACACGGGAGCUGGAGAGCGACUACUACCUGGGCGGCUACGACAUUGACAGCGAGUACCCGCCCCCUCAUGAAGAGGAGUUCUUGAGUCAGGACCAGCUGCCCCCUCCCCUGCCGGAGGACUUCCCGGACCAGUACGAGGCCCUGCCACCCUCCCAGCCUGUCUCACUGGCCGGCACCCUGAGCCCAGACUGCAGGAGGAGGCCCCAGUUCCAUCCCAGCCAGUACCUCCCGCCUCACCCAUUCCCCAACGAAGCCGAGCUGGCGGGCCCGCCUGCCGGCUGUGAAUUUAGUACUUUUGCCGUCAACAUGAACCCGGGCACCGAGACAGCGGGCCCAGCAGACAGUGUGUCUCUAUCUUUGCACAACUCCAGAGGCACCUCAUCCUCUGAUGUGUCGGCCAGCUGCGGCUUCGAGGAUGCCAAAGUAGCCAUGAGUGACUACGAGAGCGUGGGCGAGCUCAGCCUCGCCAGCCUUCACAUCCCCUUUCUGGAGACUCAACACCAGACCCAAGUGUAG